UUUAAAAAAUUCAUAACAGUCUAUCGACUUUUUAACAGAGUCUGUGAACUUUUUAAAGAGUUUGUCAUUCAAACAAAUCUGCACAAAUCCAAAUACAAUACACCCCCUUCAUUGCCCUUAAAUCCUUAAUCUACUCUGCUCUCAACUUCAACCUCCUUCUCUGAAUCUCAGUUGAAAAUCAUGUCAGACCUCCCCAACCCUCUCUACGAUUUCAUCAUCCUCGGCGCCUCCGGCUUCACCGGAAAGCACGUCGUGAAAGAAAGCCUCAAGUUCCUCAACACCCCAUCUUCACCUCUCAAGUCUCUAGCUUUAGCCGGCCGCAACCCCGCAAAGCUCUCCCAAACUCUCAACUGGGCCACCGGCCCAAACCCACCUCCCUCCAUUCCCAUCCUCACCGCCGACACCACCGAUCCUCCGUCCCUCCGCCGCCUCUGCUCCCAGACCCGCCUCAUCCUCAACUGCGUGGGCCCCUUCCGCCUCUACGGCGAGCCCGUCGUUGCCGCGUGUGUUGAGACCGGCUGUGAUUAUCUCGACAUAUGCGGAGAGCCGGAGUUCAUGGAGAGGAUGGAGGCCAGUUAUUUCGAUAAAGCGGCGGAGAAGGGCUCGUUGGUCAUUUCGGCUUGUGGGUUCGACUCUGUUCCGGCGGAGUUUGGGUUGAUGUUUAACUCGAGGCAGUGGGUGGGGGCGGCAGUGCCGAGUAGGGUGGAGGCUUAUGUGAGCUUGGAGUCCGAGAAGAGAAUUGUUGGCAACUUCGGGACGUUUGAGUCGGCGGUGUUGGGUGUGGCUAAUGCGGAUAAGUUGAUGAAGCUCCGGCGGUCCAGACCUAAAAAGCCGAGGCCCGAGAUUCCUGCUUCUCCUCCUUCCAAAGGACCGACUAUUGAACACCAGAAAAAGAUCGGCCUUUGGGCUGUGAAGCUACCUUCAGCAGAUUCUACCGUUGUACGAAGAACACUUGGAGCUCUGACCGAAAAUCCCGGCGGUCUUCCAGGGAGGAAUGAGAGUGAUGAACACAUUAAAAAAAGAGAAGCCUUCUGGUCAACAGUGAAGCCAGCUCAUUUCGGGAUGAAGAUAGGCACCAAGUCUCUGUUGGGCAUUUUUCGGAUCAUGACAGUUGGAAUCUUUAUUGGGCUCUUGGGUCAGUUUUCCUUUGGGAGGUGGCUUCUCUUAAAGUAUCCCCCAUUUUUCAGUGUUGGAUGGUUCAGGAAGCAGGGUCCCUCCGAUGAGGAGGUGAGAAGUGCAUCUUUUAAGAUGUGGUUUGUUGGACGUGGUUUCAGCGACAGGAGUCUUGCUUCUCAGGGAAACACAAAACCUGAUAUGGAAAUAGUAACAAGAGUUAUGGGACCUGAAGUUGGCUACAUAACAACCCCGAUAAUUCUACUUCAGUGUGCACUUACUGUUCUGAGCCAACGCGACAAUCUUCCAAAGGGAGGAGUUCUCCCACCUGGGAUUGUAUUUGGCCCAACUGAUCUCCAAGAAAAGCUACAAGAAAAUGGAAUUACUUUUGAUGUUAUUUCAAAGAAUGUUAUUUCUCAUUAACAGAACAAGGGAGGAAGCUAGUCCUCCGGCUCAGGGCAGUUCUAUUGGGCCAUUUCACAAAGGGCUCGUCUCUGUCAUCACCAUCGUGGCCGUGUUCUUCAAACAAGAACCGGUAGAAAAUACAUCUCCAACUGUCACCGACUAGAGCUCCUAUACUCAUCCCGAAAUCCCAACUUGGUGAAUACAAUUAGCACAGUGUUCAGAAUCCAUCAUUGUCCCAGCUCUUAGAUCCUAUUGAAAGAUAAAAUCAUAGCAAUGUACAUCAGCUUAAAGCAAGGUAGAGAAGUUUCAAUGUUUCAUCACUUGGUGGUGUCUGUGGAAAAUGGAGGAGCAGAUCAGGAUUGGUGGCCGCGGGACAGAGCAUGAAGCUCAGGAGUCAGGACCAGAGCCACAUCAAUGAGCUACCUCAUGUUUGAUUUCUAUAGCUAACGCUUUUCCUUUGUUGCAAUGAUUUGUAUUAGUUUGAUAUAUUUCUGUUUGAUUGAAUUUGCUUCGAUUGAUUU